AUGAAAACGAAAAGCAGGCGCGAGUCUCGAACUCGUGGCGCGCGGCCUGCGGCGCGGGAAAACCGUUUCGAUUUAGUGGGCGCGCGCGCGCGCGAACCGAAGCGAGCGAGCGAGCCAGCGCGCGAGCGUGUUAGCUGUGGGCGAGCAAAGGGGGGUCCCCCGUGCCACCGUUUCGCUUCGCACCGCGAACGAGCGAGUAGGAGGGCGGUGUCGGCGCUGGCGCGCGCGCGCCGCGGGCGACCGGCGCCGCGGGCUGCGGGUUCGUGCCGCGCGCGCGGUGCGGUGCGCGGCGCGGCGCGGCGCGAGGCGAGGCGGCGGAGCGCGGCGGCGCUGCGAGAGCGCGAGCGGCGCGCGGUGCUGCCCGCCGGGCAGUGGCUAGUCGCCGAGGCGUCCUGCGAGCGACGCGCUCGCCAGCGCCAGCGCCAGCGCCAACGCCAACGCCAGCGCCGGUUGCGCACCGCGGCCGAGCACGUGCCGCCGCCAGCGCCGCCGCCGCCGGCGCCGCGCCAAAGCACGUGUCGCGCUUGCGUAGGGCGCGCCUGCAAGCACAAAUGGAAGCGGCUGCGGGACUAUUACAAGACGUGGCUGGAGAAGCGCAACGCGCAGGAGACGCAGGGCGGCAGCCGCCGCGUCAAGACCUGGGUGCACUCGGCGCGCAUGGAGUUCCUGCGGCCCUUCCUCACCACGCGGGACGCGGUGGACCUUAGCGAAUACCCGAAAUCUCAGAAUUCAAGCCAAAGCCUUGGGAAAGCGUGGGGCCUUGCUAACACGGUGCCCGCGUUUCGCAGCUGCCGGGACCGACCAAGUAGCAGCGCGCACCUCAGCCAGCCGCUGUUCCACCCGUACCAGAUGGACCCGCAUCUGCUGCUGCAGCCGCUGCCCACUCUGCAGCCGCCGCCGGCGCACCAGGCCUCCAACACGACGACGACGGCGGCGGCGGUGGCGGCGGCGGCAGCGGCGGCGGCGGCGGCCGCGGCAGCCGCGCCCGCGCCCGCCCACGGCGAGGGCUCCAGGUUAUCAAGGGGAGAGUGGCUCCCGGAACCAUUUCAUUGUGGUCAGGCAGCCUCCGAGUUGCGCACCUGCCUCUCUCCGCCGCAACACCACUCAUACACUACGCCCCACCCAGCUCUUCGCCGCUCAAAGAUGAUCUAG